AUGAUUGAUACACUUUCCAUUAUUAGCAAUGGAGGGGUGGUCCUCUGGGAGCAUAGUGCAGACAGUAAUGGACGGCGUUUGAUUGUCAAUCGCGUUAUUCAAGAGGUUCUUCUUGAGGACCGUGCAGGUGUAGAAGAGUUAGUAUCUGGUGAAUAUAAACUACGCUGGGCAUUGGAGAAUGAUGCACAAUUUUUUGUUGUGGCCGUAUACCCAAAGUUUCUCUCAUACCCGCAUAUGGGUCUCUUUCUGCGUGAUAUUGUGAAGACCUUCACUAAAAAGUACGGACGGGUACAGGAUGGACUCUUUCGCGAGUAUGACUUCUCUACAGAGUACACAGAGGCCCUCUCAAGACUGGAAGCCAGUGAUCGCAGUGUGGAUGGCACUGCAAAUGCCUCUCAAGCAACAACAACAACAACAACAACAACAGAUCCAACGACAACACAUACCGAUGAUGAGGAAGAUGUGGAUGAUUCUGCGUUAACGGGAGAGAAAGACGAAGGUGAUGAGGCUGCGGCAUAUAAGGGUAGUGGAGGUGCCAUCGUUACUAAAAGUGGUCAUAUCAUUGGACGUAAAGGCAAGAAACCUACAACAGGAAAGGCAACAUCCGCAUCAACAACACAAAAGAAAGGAAAACCGGUAAAGCAAGCCACCCGAUGGGAUCAACCUGCUUUGGAUCCAGCUGUAGAAGAACAGCGAAAACAGCAGGCAGCUCCAACUCAGGAAGAAUUGGAGGCACAAACGGAAAUACAACGGGCAACCUUUAUCAAGCGUUUACCAAAUGGUAGUGUUGCGCCAGUAAAAGAGAAAGAAUGGGAAAAUCAACCACGAGGACGAUUAGCAAAUUGGCUUCGCAAGUAUGUGGGUCACAGAGAAUUGGAUAGUCAAGAUUUUCAAAGUGUUAUUCCAAGUUUACGUGAGAAAUUAAUAUCCAAAAAUGUUGCCGUAGAGGUGGCAGAACACGUUUGUAAAUCUGUGGAAACUUCUUUGGAAGGAAAAAAACUUGGUACAUUUGAUUCAUUACAUCAGUCUAUUGAAAAGGCUAUGAUUGCAUCACUUCGUCGUAUAUUAGAACCUAAACAUGAAGUCAAUAUUCUGCGUUCAGUAGCAUCUGCACAAGCUCGAAAAAAACCUUAUUCUAUUGUACUUUGUGGUGUAAAUGGGGUAGGGAAAUCAACUACUCUUGCAAAGAUUACAUAUUGGCUUCAACAAAGUGGUCAUAGCGUUUUGAUUGCUGCAGGUGAUACAUUUCGUCAUGGUGCUGUGGAACAGCUAGAAGUACAUGGUCGAUGUUUGGGCGUGCCAGUCUUUCAAAUGGGAUAUGGUUCCGAUCCUUCUGCUGUUGCUGCUGCGGCCAUCGCACAAGCCACACGUCAGCAAUACGAUGUGGUUAUUAUUGAUACUGCUGGACGAAUGCAAGACCACGAAUCACGUAUGCGAGCACUUGCAAAACUUAUUCAUGAUAAUCAACCAGAUUUAGUCCUAUUUGUGGGUGAAGCACUUGUUGGAAAUACUGGAGUAGAUCAACUUCGAAGGUUUAAUCAAUGUCUCGUGGACUUUGCGCCUGUUGGAACAGUCCCACGUGGUAUUGAUGGAAUUGUACUAACAAAGUUUGAUACUAUUGACGACAAGGUUGGGGCAGCACUUUCAAUGGUGUACGAAUUAGGGCAACCCAUUGUAUUUGUUGGUGUAGGUCAAACUUACCAAGACCUAAAAGUCAUGGAACCUGAUGUUGUUGUCAGCGCCCUAAUGGACUAG